AUGAAGAAGAUCGAUGUAUGUGUGCAACACGGAUUGACGCAAAAGAACCUUUUGGAUCGAAUUGAUGCCUGCGAUUCUCUGCUGAAAUUUAACGAAAUCGACCCAUCAUUGAUGCGAAUGGUGACCGCCGAUCAAACACAGACCACAUACGAGAACAAAACCCAAAAAGAAUUGUGGUUCUAUCGCGGCGAGCUGGCCCAAACGAUCGUCAAGCCUGGAUUAACAGCCAAGAAGGUUUUGCUGUGA